AUGUCUGUCAUCCCUGUCAUCGUGUCCAAUAAACGAGCAGGCACUAGUCAUGGAGGCGGAGAAAUGCACGUGCUGCAAAGGUCAAAGAACAUUCGAAUCGGAAGCAUCUCAUUAUCCGUCGGAGGUCGGAUGGAGACAGAAGCGAGUGAUCAAGGCGCCCGCAAUUGUCAGUCAGUACUUGAACCCAAACCACACUCUCCUUCACCCUCUUCACGCUAUCUUCAACACGUAUCAACCUUAACGCCUUACUUUGCAUUAUCAUUCGCUCUGAGCGAUCACACUAUGCGUCUACAAAACCUGAUUAUCGCAUUCCUGUCGCUCGCUGCUCUGGCAGCAGCAUUGCCUUUAUCCUCGCGUGCGACUCCAAACGACCUGAAACGUGGAAAUGGCGGUAGUGCAGACUGGAGAAAGCGCGGAAACGGAGCAGAUUGGUGAAUCGGCCCGAUGUUGCAAAUUUUCUCCCUGUAUCGUAAUCACGUCGUCGAAUACCCAAUUACCGCCAGUUCCGCGAGAUAUAUCGAUCCGAGGAGACAGAGGGGGCAUGGAAGGAGGAAGACGUCCUGAGUUAAGGGGCAAAGAUGAAUGGUGGUGGAGGACUUGCUCAGCAAAUUUUCGUAACGCAGCAAUCCAGUUCCUGGCGUGCAAAGAAUGUGCUGAUCGCGUUCUCAUCGGAAAUUCAGCUGGUGGUGAUACUGGCUUGUUUCGAUCGAUGUCCGAUAGAGGAGCUGGCGCAUGUCGAGCAUAGUUGGCUAUGUCUUGUUGGGCAAAUCAAGUUCUGUCUUCAUUCAUCAAUUUGUCGCCGCCGCCGCCGAGCAGC